AUGGCGUACGAAGAUCGACAAUGUCAAAAUGAAGAUGAAGAUGAUCAAAAUGCAAAUAUAUUCCGCGCCCUCAUCGAUGAUGAAGAUGACAAGUUAGCAGAUAGACUAUUGGAUAUAGUUUUUGCUAACGCUUCGUCAGAUGAGCUCUAUCAAAAAUUGUCUAAACCAAAAAAUGCUUGGGGAAACACCGUAAUCCACGACGCAGCCACCUCCAACAAAGGAAUCCCAUUUGUUGAGAAGCUGUUGAACAAAGUACCUGUUCUGAUAAAUAUAAAAAAUAAAUGGGGCGUCUCUCCUCUCAUCCAGGCUAUCCGCUAUGGCAGGAAACAUGUUGCGCUUGAUAUAGCAAACAGAUAUCCAAAGCUAUAUGAUGUACAAGAUGUUCAUAAAAUGACUGCUCUUCAAAUGCUUGCGUGCAGUCCAACAGCCUUCGAAAGUGGAACUGUAUUAGGACCUCUACAGAAGCUUGUCUACACAUUUGUCUCAACUGAUGAACAAGGCACAACUGGAGAAGCUGGCAUGAUCCGAAAAUACACUGAUAUCCUAUUUCCCAUGAUAAAAGAAGUGAGAAAGCAGAAGAAGGGCAAUAAGGAUGCGCUUGAGCUUGCCAAGUUGUUGAUCAAAUCAGAUAAAUCUUGGAAGAACACAUAUUUUCCACUAGCGGAAACUACUCCUAAUAUAGGUAAAAAAGAGAAUCCCAGUCUAGUCCACAUAGACUCUGACAACAAAUCAGGUGACAAGUCUGGAGAAGAGGGGGAUUCAAACAAAGAUCCUCGAAAAGGCGACCAUCAAGCUCCAUUGCAUUUGGCAGCUAAGAAAGGUUGUAUUGAGAUUGUUAAAGAGAUACUGAAAAAAUACCCCCAGGCAGUGGACUACUUAAAUAAUAAUCAAGAAAAUUUAUUCCAUGUUGCAAUCAAGAGUCGAAACGAUAAAAUCAUCGACAUUGUUAGUGAGCGAAAGCUUCUAAGGAGGGGCCAAUUAGCAGCCGUGGACAAUAAAUUUAACACCAUAAUGCAUAUGGUUGGGUACAAGCCAUCCAUCAUCGAAGGAGAAGCUCUUAUGGACACAACAUUCAAAACUCCAAUCGGGCAAUUGUCCGAUGAAAUAAAAUUACUAGAGAAAUUGGAAGGUCUUUGCCCAAAAUACCUGAUCAACCACCGGAAUAAGGAUAAUUUGACUGCUCGGGAACUGUUUGCCAAGACAAACACAGGGCUUCGUAAGGAUGCCAAAGAUUAUUUGAAGCAAACUGCAGAGCAUUGUACAGUGGUAACAGUUCUGAUAGCCACAGUAGCCUUCGCAGCAGCAUAUACAGUACCGGGAGGUCCAGAUGAACGCACAGGGCUCCCGGUUCUCCUUGGGAAACCCUUAUUCCUUGUAUUCACGAUAACUGAUGUGCUUUCACUUGGAUUCGGGUUAACAGCGGUGGUAAUCUUUCUCACCAUACUCACCUCCCAAUUUCGGAUGAAAGACUUCGAAAAAACUCUUCCUCAAAGACUGCUGCUUGGCUUGACCCUCCUCUUCCUGUCAGUGUCAAUGAUGAUGGUAUCCUUGGCGGCAACUAUUAUUCUCACCAUCAAUUCCAAGCAGCAUUGGACCAAGAUAGCACUAUACAUAGUUGCUUUCUUUCCUGUCAUAAUCUUUAUGCUGUCCUACAUUCCUUUCUACAGGGAACUUCUUUGUAUUUUAAAUUUCUGCAUUUCGAAGAUUGGUAAGACUGAUCCUAAGCCUAGGCUCAAACAUAAACCUAAGUAUAAAGAUUAUGACAUUCCUCUUUAA